AUGGCUUCGAUAUCAUUCCGUGAUAACAACCAUGGUCUCCAGAUUGGAGACAACCAUGGCUCGAUCAAUGCAGAGUUCCAUCUACCUGCGGAGCGACCGGAAACUCCACCCAUCCCGUUAUCGACUGUCCCAUUCGCGCGCGACCCGGACUUUGUCAGUCGCGACACGCUACUUGAUCGAAUCCACGAGAGAAGCUCAACCCUAGCCUCAAGGAUAGCGCUGGUCGGCCUCGGUGGUGUGGGAAAAUCGCAACUUGCCAUCGAAUAUUCCUACCGAAUCCGAACAAAAUCGCCAGAAACAUGGGUUUUCUGGGUUCACGCAAGUAACAAAGCCCGGUUCGAACAAAGUUUCCGUGACAUCGCGGACCAGCUCAAAAUCCCCGGUCGUCAGGAUCCUCAAGCAAAUAUAUUCAAACUCAUCGAGAACCACCUCCGGGAUAGCAAGAUGGAGAAAUGGAUCUGCAUCCUUGAUAAUGUGGAUGAUGAUAAGCUUCUUUGUUCCUUUUCGUCGGCAGACACAGUUGAUCCGACAGCAUCUACAUGGACUGCGUCGGCAAAACCUCUGUUGGAAUACAUUCCUAGAAGCCAACAUGGAUCUAUCAUUAUCACAAGCCGAUCUAGAGAGAUCGCGUUGAAAGUAGUCUCUGAUAAGAACAUCAUUGAAGUGCAACCGAUGGAAGAGUCGGAGGCGCUAGAGCUCCUCCAACGGACACUCAGACAACCUAGCGAAAGCUCGGAGUGUCAACACUUAGUGAAUGCGUUGGAGUUUACACCGCUAGCAAUAGUACAAGCCGCUAGCUGUAUCAGGAAUCGGGGACCUCGCUAUUCAGUCUCACAAUACCUGAAGGACUUUCAGGGGAGUGAUAAUCACGCAACAAAGCUUCUAGAGACCCAAGCAGGUCAUCUCUAUCGGGACUGGGAAGCAAAAAAUUCUAUCCUGGUAACGUGGCAUAUAUCGUUCGAUUAUAUACGCCAAACAAAACCAUCUGCAGCUAAAUUACUUUCUCUCAUGAGCCUUUUCGAUCGGCAGGGAAUACCAGAGAACCUAAUCCGUCAUCAGUCAAAUGCCAACUACACAUCGAAAGCAGGGCUUCUGGAUGACCUCUGGGACAGGGAGAUAUCCAAAUCUGAUGUAGACCCCGAUUUCGAAGAUGAUGUCAGUAUAUUGAGAAACUUUUCAAUCAUAUCUGUCAAUGAGGAUAACAAUUCCUUUACGAUGCAUCGGCUAGUGCAGUUGGCUACACGUGCAUGGUUAAAAUCUCAUGGAGAGCUGGAUCAAUGGAGAGAUAAAUCUAUUCUUAACCUCUGGGAGCAGUUUCCCACUGGAGAAUACGAGAAUUGGGCGAGGUGCCGGCCUCUCUUUCCUCAUGUCAAAUCAGCAAUGUUACAACGGCCAUCAUUGCUUACAUCCAUACAACAAUGGGCUAGGUUACUUUUCAGAGGCGCGUGGUAUGCGUUGAAAAGUGGUAACAUCGUCGAUGUGAGAGAAAUGGCAUCAAUAUCAAGGAAUGCAUUGGUAUCUAUUUUGGGUGACGAGCAUGAAGAAGUCCUUGACUGCACAGAUAUUUUGGCAACAGCAUACCUACAUGAGGGACAGUGGGACAAGGCCGAGGAACUUGAGGUGCAGGUAAUGGAAAUUCGCAGGACUAAGCUCGGCGAGAACCAUCCCUCUACGCUGUCAAGUUUGGCCAACCUGGCUUCGACAUACCGAAAGCAGGGCCGCUGGGAUGAGGCCGAACAAUUCGAAGUGCAAAUCAUAAAGGCUCGCAAGGCGAGUCUCGGUGAGGAGCAUUUUGAUACACUGUCAAGUAUGGUUAGCCUGGCAUCGACGUAUCGGAAGAAGGCCCGCUGGAAGGAAGCCGAGCAGCUCUUAGUGCAGGUAAUGGAGGCUCGUAGGAUGAGGCUCGGGGAGGGGCAUCCGGAUACACUAUCAAGUAUGGCUAACCUAGCAGCAACCUACCGGGACCAGGGCCGAUGGGAAGAAUCCGAGCAACUCUCAAUACAAGCAAUGAAGGCUCGCAAGAGUAGUCUCGGCGAGGAGCAUCCUUUAACCUUGACAAGUAUAGCCAACCUAGCAUGGACGUACCGAAAGCAGGGUCGGUCGGAGAAGGCCGAGCAGCUCCUAGUGCAGGUAAAGGACGCUCGUCACAGGAGGCUCGGCGAGGAUCAUCCCGAUACAUUGUCGAGCAUGGCUAGCCUGGCAGCUACCUACCGGGACCAGGGCCGAUGGGAAGAAUCCCAACAGCUUGACGUUCAGGUAAUGGAGGCUCGCAGGAGGAGGCUCGGUGAGCGUCAUCACUCUACGCUGUCGAGUAUGGCCAGCCUGGCAGCGACGUACCGCAAGCAGGGUCGGUCGGAUGAGGCCGAGAAACUGCUGGUGCAGGUGGUAGAGGCUCGCAAGACGAUACUCGGCGAGGUGCAUCCUGAUACACUGUCGAGCAUGGCCAGUCUGGCGUCAUUGUACCGAAAACAAGGCCGGGAGGAGGAGGCCGAGAAGUUUCUGGUGCACGUAAUAGAGAUUCGCAAGAGGAGGCUCGGCGAAUAUCACCCCUCGACACUGUCGAGUAUGGCAAGCCUGGCAUCGACGUACCGGAAGCAAGGCCUACUUGAUGAAGCUGAACAGCUCUUGGUGCAGGUUAUGGAGGCUCGCAAGACGAGGCUCGGUCAGGAUCACCCAGAUACGCUGUUGAGCAUGGCUAGUCUUGCUUUCGCCAGGAAGGAUUCAGGGCACAGUGCUCAGGCCAUUGACUUACUACGAAUUUGCGUAGUCAAGCGGAACCAAGUUCUAGGUUCCAAUCAUCCCCAAACGUUAGCAAGUUGUAAGACUUUGUUGGAUUGGGAAAGGAGCAGUUGA